UGCCGCCUAUCAGUGCCAGACAGUGCCGCCUAUCAGUGCCAGACAGUGCCGCCUAUCAGUGCCAGACAGUGCCGCCUAUCAGUGCCAGACAGUGCCGCCUAUCAGUGCCAGACAGUGCCGCCUAUCAGUGCCAGACAGUGCCGCCUAUCAGUGCCAACUAACAGUACCAUGCCCAUCAGUGCCAGCUAUCAGUGUCCAUCAGUGCAGCCUAUCCGUGCCCAUCAGUGCAGCCUCAUUAGA